AUGCCUGAUGAGGCUGGGUGUAGCCGCUACGUGACAAUUGAAAGGGACGCCCUGACCGAGAUAGAGAACAGAUUUAUUCAGAUUCUUCUGAUCCUCAAGGACUUCUUUUACGAGAAGGUCUUACUAAUCUUCUACAACAGCGUCAGCCUUCGGCCUGUAAUGGCGGGUGCACAUUUUGUUGCAUGGAGUCAGGCACCAUGCGGCCCAAUGAACAUACGAUCAACACUACCGAGCAAACAUCAAUUCUACGCCCAAGAUCAAACACAGCUACGUCGAAUCCAACCGGCAAACAUGGAUUUGCGUCUGCUACAAGAAAGCAAAGCUGAGCUCCAAGAGGCCAUUCUUUUGAUUCGGUUUUCGUUGCCCGUCAUUGCUGCAUAUCUCGUGCAAAACUCAUUCCAAACCAUAUCAAUGAUGCUUGUUGGGCAGUUCUAUCCCGAAAGUCUAUCAGUUGCUGCCUUCUCGUACAUGUUUAGCACAUGCACUGGGUGGCUUAUUGGAAUGGGCGGCUUGACUGCUCUCGAUACCCUGGCUUCAACUGCCUUUACUGGCUGUGACAAGCACUACACCGGCAUUUUGCUACAGAGAGCCACGAUUGUUCUCUCGUUGCUUUAUAUCCCGGUAGCCGUCAUCUGGGUGUAUGCUGAACCCCUUUUCGUUGCUCUUGGACAAGACAAAGUACUGUCGCAUGAGUCGGCCAGGUUCUUGACGCAUCUUAUCCCUGGUGGUCUUGGAUAA